AUGAAAGGGGACAAGAGGAAGAUCAAUUCGAUUUUCGACAACUGCCAUGAAACUGCGUCUCAGGAGGAUUUUCUACGGAGAUGCGGCUUUGCACAACGAGGGGUUCUUCCAGAUUCCGAUCCCUCCGUCGGAGUCUCGCCACCGUUAAACGACGGGAUUUCACCUCGCCGUGUAUCCGAUGAUUCUGAGUCGGAUAGUAGUAUGAUCGGUUACGGAGAGGAUUUGGUUGAGAGUCAAGCGAUUCGGUUCGUCUCUCCGCCGCAAAGCGCGGAUACCGUUGAUUUCGAGGAGGAUGCGGCGGAUCGGACGGUUCCUGUGGAAUCAGAAGCUGGUUCAAUUGCUUUGGAGAAAUCAGGUAAUCUGCUGUUGUUAAUGGAUCGACCAUGGUCAUCUUCAGGGAAUCGUGGUGAUGAGAGGUCGGAAUCUCCAGCAAAGAAACUGAAAAUUCCUUUGAGGGAUGUUGUGAAAGCCAUAGUUAUGAAUUCGAGGAACGUAGAGGAAGAAGACAAAGAGACUGAGAAGAUGAGCUGCGUGCAAGUCCUCGUCAAGAAGGGAUUCAAGUUCCCAUCAUGA